AUGGGCACCAAAUUUCCUAAUUGGCUUCAGACACAAACAAAAUUAGAUACCCUUGAUGUCUCAAAUAAUGAAAUUUCAGAUCUCAUUCCUCAAUGGCUCACCAACCUAUCUAACUUAGAUUUUUUGAGUGCUUCUCAAAAUAGAAUUCGUGGAAAAUUACCAAACAUACCAUCAACUUUGAAUCUACUAGACUUCAGCAGCAAUUUGCUAGAAGGUUCUAUAUCAAAAAAUUAUUCGGGAGUAUCAAUACUGAACCUUUCCAAAAACAAGCUUUCUGGAACCAUUUCAGUUCUGUGUACAAAUAGUUCUAUAUUGUAUCAUUAUGACUUGUCAAACAAUUUCUUUGCCGGCGAGAUUCCUGAUUGUUUGGGGAAAGUUUAUGGCUUGAAUUGUUUAAAUUUGGCAAACAAUAACUUGUUUGGUGAAAUCCCUUCAUCCAUAGGACAAUUGAACUUUAUGGUUUCACUACAUUUGAGAAGCAAUAUGUUUUAUGGAGAAUUUCCAGUGUCUCUAAACAAUUGCACAUCGUUGGCCAUUUUGGAUCUUGGAAAUAAUUCUUUAACUGGGUGUAUUCCUACAUGGAUUGGGGAAAGAUUAAAACUGCUGAAGAUCCUUUGCCUGGAUUCAAAUGAUCUAAAAGGAUCAAUCCCAAUUAAUAUCUGCCAACUUCAUUCCAUUCAAAUAAUAGAUUUGUCUUCAAACCAUAUAUCUGGAUCCAUUCCAACUUGCUUGAAUUCAUUAAUGACUAAAAUUGAUGAAGUAUUGUUGCCAAACUUGACGGCUUUUGGAAAUUCUGAAAGAAAAUAUGGGAUUGAAGACUCUUUCAAUGAAGAUUUAUUUGAUUCUGAAUGGCUUAUUUGGAAGGGUAUAAAGGUGGAGUAUGGUAAGGACCUCAAAUUCAUGAAACUCAUUGAUCUCUCGAGCAAUAAAUUGGUUGGAGAAAUCCCAGUUGAGAUAACUGAUUUGCAUAUGCUUAAUUCACUAAACUUGUCAAGAAACAAGCUGACCGGAUCCAUCCCAGAUAAGAUUGGUGAGAUGAGCUCGCUAGAGAAUCUCGACCUCUCAAACAAUCAACUUUCUAGAGCAAUACCAAUGAGCCUUGCUAGUAUAUCAUUUCUUGCUCACUUGGACUUGUCGAACAACAAUUUGUAUGGUUGUAUUCCACUCGGCACUCAGUUGCAAGGAUUCAGUGAGGCUUAUCAGGGAAAUCCAAAACUACGAUGGCCUCCACUUCCAACAAAGUGUCAUAGAAGUGAACCUGGAAAUGCUCCACAACAAGGACGAAUUGAUGAAAUUGAAGAUGAUGAACAUUGGAUUAUCUGGGACUUUGACUUCUUUGUGAGUAUGGCACUUGGAUUCAUUCUUGGCUUUUGGGGAGUAAGUGGAACAUUAAUACUCAAGCGUUCUUGGCGUCAUUCAUAUUUCCAAUUUUUAGAAGACAAAAAAGAGAAGCUUUCCACUGCCAUUGUGAUCUAUGGAGCCAAAUUGAAAAGAGGCAUGGGAGCUAGAUAGAUUGAAGUAAAAGGAUCAACUCAUCUUCUUGAGCUGCAUGAAGUAUGAAGGCCAUUGGAGUACCUCUGAUCCAUGUCAUUCUAAAUAAAGUUGAAUAAUGUGUAUUUGUGUGUUUGUAUUCAUAUUUCAAGUCAUGUAAUUCUAUUUUGUUUUGUAUUGUGUGUA